CGAGAGUGCUUAGUUAAAAAUCAUGGAGAUGUUCUGGAAGAGGUUGAUCCGUUUCGAAGAGGAUAAUUCUCGAAUCUGAUCGCUUGCUUCCCUGAUUCUGGAUUCUGUUCAGUGGACUUCUUCCAUUUCUUUGUUUCUAAUCCUUCCUGAUUUUUCUGGAAAUCUAACGGUGAAAUUGCGGAAGGGCGAGCGAGAGAGAGAGAUGGCUCCGAUGGACGAGAAGGCCAAGAGAAUGAGGGAUCUGUUGUCCAACUUCUACGCUCCCGAUCCUUCCAUCUCGACCGGUGGCUCCUCAACGCACGCCUCUUUCGACAACAUCAACAGCACCUCCUUCAAUGCCGAUCAGUACAUGGAUCUCCUGAUAAAAAAAUCGAAUCUCGAAGCGCUUUUGCAAAGGCAUGUUCAAAUGGCUGCAGAGAUUAAAAAUCUCGACACAGACUUGCAGAUGCUAGUGUAUGAGAAUUACAACAAAUUUAUUAGUGCAACAGAUACGAUCAAAAGGAUGAAGAGUAAUAUUGUGGGGAUGGAAGGCAAUAUGGGCCAGCUUCUUCAGAAGAUAAUGUCAGUACAAUCAAGAAGUGAUGGGGUCAACACUUCUCUUUUCGAAAAGAGAGAACAUAUCGAGAAACUGCACCGUACACGUAAUCUUCUUCGUAAAGUUCAGUUCAUCUACGACUUACCUGCAAGACUUCAAAAGUGCAUCAAAUCAGAAGGCUAUGCUGAUGCUGUCAGGUUUUAUACUGGAGCACUGCCAAUUUUCAAGUUAUAUGGUGAUACAUCAUUCCAAGAUUGCAAACGAGCUUCUGAAGAAGCUAUAGAAAUCAUCAUAAAAAGCUUACAGGCAAGGCUGUUUUCGGAUUCAGAAUCCAUACAAUCUAGAGCUGAAGCUGCAGUGCUCCUCAAGCGGUUAGAUGUCCCUGUAGAUAAUCUAAAGGCCAAACUGUUGGAAAAACUGGAACAGUCUCUUGAUGACCUUCAAUUAAAGCCUGAGGAGGCAAGUAAACUUAUGGAGCACACUGAUUCGUCUAAAAAUGGGGAAAGCAGUGAUCCACAUCCUGCCAAAGUUCAUGAGGAUGCUGUACGUGAGUUCUCUGAGGCUAUGCGUGCUUACCGAGUCAUAUUUCCUGACUCAGAGGAAAAACUUUUUAAACUUGCAAGGGCCUUGACAGCAAUGCAAUUCGAGAACGUGGACCAAUAUAUAAAGAAACGGGUUUCUGCCUCAUGUUUUCUUGGAAUUUCCAAACUCAUAUGGGCAGAUGUGGUGCUUAUGGAUGAGGUGCUACCUGAGGCUGCUCUCUCUGAUUUUGCUGCAGAGGCUGCCCAAUCUACUUUCAAGCAGUUUGUUGCGAGGACCUUUUCCCAUCUUCAGCAAGAUAUAUCCGAUACUCUCCUGAAAGUCAAUGUCGACCAAAAGGAAACAGUUGAAGAAGAUUUUUUGCACUCUGUCUUGGAGACGAGCAAAAAGGCAGUACUUCAAGGCAGCAUGAACAUACUACAGGAUUUCCGUCAAAUUCUUCAAGAAAAUACAGGAAUAUUUGUCAAGAUGAGGGAUUUAAUUGUUGAUUGGGUUCAAGUGGGAUCUCAAAACUUCUUCCGGUCACUUGAAGCUCACUUUCUAGUGCUUUCGGGAAAGACCAGCUCACCAAAUGAGGCUGAAGGUUUGGCUGAGGGCAAACCAAGUGACAAAGUUCAUGCAGGUCUCAUCCUUGUGCUGGCUCAACUCUCUGUUUUUAUCGAACAAAUGGUUAUACCGAGAAUCACAGAGGAUAUAGCUGCUUCCUUCUCUGGUGGAGGAGGCGCCCAAGGCCUUGAGAAUGAGCCUUGUUUUAUUCCUGGGGAACUUUCCCGGGUCUUCCACUCAGCGAGUGAGAAGCUUCUCCAGCAUUAUAUAAACACAAGAACACAGAGGAUAUCACUUCUUCUAAGGAAGAGGUUUAAGACACCGAACUGGGUCAAGCACAAGGAACCGCGAGAAGUUCAUAUGUUUGUGGAUUUGUUUCUUCAAGAGCUGGGAGCAAUUGGAAAACAAGUGAAGCAAAUUUUACCACAAGGGACAUUCCGUAAGCACCGGAGGUCAGACAGCAACGGAAGUAACACCACAACCUCAUCGCGAAGCAAUCCAUUACAGAACGAUAGGAUGGCACGCUCAAAUUCACAGAGGGCCCGUAGCCAGCUGUUUGAGACACAUCUGGCUAAACUAUUCAAGCAGAAAGUAGAGAUCUUCACCAAGGUUGAGUUUACUCAGGAAUCGGUAGUGACAACGAUAGUGAAACUGAGUCUAAAGAGUUUGCAAGAAUACGUGCGGAUGCAAACAUUUAACAGGAGUGGGUUUCAGCAAAUCCAGCUGGACAUUCAGUUUCUAAGAUCUCCUUUGAAGGAAACAGUCGAGGACGAAGCUGCCGUCGACUUUUUGCUGGACGAGGUGAUCGUUGCAGCUUCAGAACGGUGCCUUGAUGCUAUUCCAUUGGAGCCACCAAUAUUGGACAAACUCAUUCAAUCCAAGUUGGCCAAAUCAAAGGAGCACUCUACUGUUUCCUCGUAGGUCUCCUCAUGAGAUAGAAGCAAAAAACGCCCAUGUCUGCCCUCUUUCAACCGUUUCCUACUUGUUCUUGGUGUAAUAAAUUCCCAUGUAUUUAAUAAGAAGAAAAUUCAUUUUUGGAUAUAAAUAGAUAAGGAUAUAUA